AAGACCUAAGUACUUUAAAGGCCAACUGCCCACGAAACAUCCCAACUCUCUAGUUAAUCUCAAUUUUCUCUUGACUUGAAUUAAUUCCUACAAUUAUGUUUUUCUCCAUAUUUAUUUUCAAACUAGAGACCAAUCCAAACACAUCAAUAAUCUUUUCUAAGUUUCUAAAUUUUUCCUCAUCACCCAAGGAGAAAAAAAUUGUGUCAUCUACAAACUGCAAAUGGGACACCAAAAUGCUCUCCCUUGUUAUGACAAAACCCUCAACCAAAUUAGUCUUUCAUCCCUCUCCAUUAACCUACUCAACCCAUCCUCCACCAAAGCGAACAAGAAUGGUGACAAGGGAUCCCCGGUCUAAUUCCUCUCGAAGCUUUAAACUUACCCCUAGGUUUUCUAUUUAGGAUAACAUAAAAAUUCAUUGAUCCUAAAAAAAUCCCUUUAUCCAUGUCCUC